AUGGACCUAACGGAGGAUAUAUCCGCUCGGGUUCUGUUGACAGAUAUUCUCAGUACCGAACCUCCAAGGACUCCUGUCAUUCGCAGUCGCUCUCAGGCACCUGCUACCAACGGGAUCCGGCGCAGUAGCAGACUGAGCAGGAACAAUGCUGAAGCCCAAACCCCACAGAACAUGCUGAGGCGCAGCCUGAAACACAAGAUUCAUGAAAGUAUAACCAGAAAAUCACUGCCUGCUACAAGUAAACGGAGGACUCCUUCAGUUGCACUCAGGAAGAUUCCUUCGAUGCUCGUCUCUGAAGAAGAAACACCAAGACACUUACUCAGAAACAUUCUGCAAACAGAGCCUGUGAAGUCUCCUGUUCUUUGUGAGAAAGAACCCCCUGCGGAGCCUGAACAGCGAUUAGCUGACAGAGCAGCUACAAAAACACGUUCUAGUAUUGAGCUGUCAGGGCUGGAUCUGCCUGAUGUGACUAUUGGCAACAUUUCAACAAGCAUUGCAAAGGGACUGAGCAGAAAAAGACCACGCCGGAGCUUGAACGUAACGGCUUUUGAGAAGCGACUGAAAGGCGGAAAUGGUGCUGGAGAGGAAACUGAAAGUUCAGUGGAUGACCUUUCAUCCCUUUCUUCAUCAAGCUCCUUGAGUCUAAAAACGCCCCUCGCCGAUGUUUGGACUGAAAAAGGGGGCCUGCAGAGGAAAGUUUCCAACCGGAGGAAAAUUACAGAGACAGAAUUUGAUGCUGCUGUGAGCAAACAACAUAUGGGAGAUGUGAGCAGCCGUGGAUUAGCAGAGAAGAAUCUCUGUGAGGUUACCAACUCUGAGGGGUUCACGUUGGGUCUAAGCAACCUCAGCGAGCCCAGUAUAACAGCUGAUAUCAUGCACUGCAGCACGACGCUUUAUGACCAGCCUGACGCCAUGACCUCCAAACUUUCAACCCUCGCUACUCAUUACAACCCCACGGUCGUGUUGUCACCACUUCAGAUGGAUGUGAGAGAAACUGAGGAGGAGGAGGCGCAUGGCAGGAGGGAGAGAGAACUAUCAGUGGAUGCAUUAGGGUCUGUAAGUGGACCUCAGAGUGAAGAACAUGUUUGUGGUCCUGAAGAACAGGAAGUUAUAAGUGAACCUCAGACUGAGGAAGGUCACGCUCAACUCGAUGAUGCAGCUGCGGUCGAGUUUGAGGAAGAGGAAGAUGCAGGUGAAUCGGACACUAAUGCUGGAUAUCGAACUGAAACUACGAAAGUGGAAGCUCAACCUGAAGAGGAAGGAGCAGCCGAUUCAAACCCCGAAGAGAACAAUCGUUUAGAUGAUCUGACUGAGGAAGAGGUUUCUCCAGACUCUCAAAGAGAAGAAGAAGAAAUUGUUGACAACGAAGAAGAAGGAUGUGCAGCAGGUUCCCGAUCUGAAGAUGAGGAAGAAAGUUCUCAGUCUGAGGAAGAAGAGGAUGCGCAGGGCUCUCAAACGGAGGAAGUCGCAGCGAGUGCCUUCUCUCAAGAUGAGGAAAGCUCUCAGUCUGAGGAAGAGGAGGAUGCACAGGGCUCUCAGUCUGAGGAAGACGAUGCUGCGGACUCCCAAACUAAUGGAGUCGUAGCAAGUUCCCCGUCUCAAGAUGAAGAUGAAGCAGCAUCUCAACCCAUGGAAAACCUUGAAGAUGUGGUCGAGUCUCAGACAGAAGAAUAUAUAGAGGAAGAGCAGCUGGACACUGAUUUGGAGCUCAUCGAUCGAAGGGCUCAUCGCCCUGAGGGCACAUUCAUUCUGCCCGCUGUGGAAGCAGGGGCUGAUUGGGAUGAUGAUGUGGCAUCAGAACACAACCCUGACGUUGAAAAUGAAAACUCCUUUCAUCUUUAUGAACUGACGCAGGACACGGAAGUCAGCGGACGUGAGAGCGUUGCUUCUCCUGAGCACACUUCUGAUCAGGACUCUGCUGAACAGGAAGAAGAGUGGGAGGAUGAAGAAGCUGAAGAACAACCUAAAGCCUAAUUUUGUUUUCUUACAUCUUCAGCGGCCAAGACGCCAGCAUUUGUCAAAGUGAAGAGGAACUUCUUUUAUGCUGAUCCUCCAGCGUCACCAUCUGUUUUCAGAAAGGGUCAAGCGAGCUUAACAAGCGUAGCUUUACCUGCAACUAAACCCAAGCAGGUGAGACGGAGGAAAAUGGGAACAGCUGGAAAGGAAGCGGUCCUUCCUAAGGCCUACCUCAUGAGUGUCUUCAGACACUUUGCCAAAACAAAGGUCUCGGCAGAUGUUUUUCCUGUUCUAAAUGACAUAAUGGAUCAAUUCUUUGAUCGGCUGGUCAAGGACCUGGAGACGUAUGCUGCUCACGCAAAAAGAAAAACCAUCGAGGUUGAAGAUGUUAAACUUCUGUUGAGAAGGCAGGGUUACGUGAAUGACAAAGUGCCUGUGGAGGUGCUUGUUGAAAAAUACCUUAGAAUGGAACAACGAAAAAUCCUAAUCCCCAUCGCAACCAGUGGAAAUGUUGUUAUCCCCAAAACAGGGAGAUGAAUCUUUUUAAA